UUGUAUAAUUUUUGAAUGCCUAAUUUCAUGAAUGCAGAAACAGCUUUAAUGUUGCUAGAACUGGAUGACUCGCUCCACAGCUUGGAGGACAAUAAUGGCGUAACUGCUCUUCAACUUCUAGCCCAAAUGCCAACCGCUUUUGAGAGUGGAUUUCCCAUGGGCAUAUGUGAAAGACUCAUCUACUGCUGCCUUCCUGUUAAACGUCACCGCGAGGUAAAAUCACAGGUAGAAACUUGGUUCAAGGAAAGAAAGAGAGAUCUUGAGAGCGGUCAAGGGAAGAACUCUGAAGAUCUGGGGAGCGGCUCGGAGAGGAAUCAAAGAGGCGGCAUACUCAAAUAUUUAAAGGUCCUUAAAGGUAUUGGACGCAGAUUUCAUUCCCCUUCGCAUGAACAUGAAGUACGAUGUUGGCUAGAUGGAUUCUGGAACCAGAAAAGAAAGCAUGUAUUUGCUUUGAGACUCGCCGAAAUCCUAAUAGAGAACGAUGAGUCAUUGAAAAAAGUCAGCAUAACAAAGGAAGGACUGGGUGGGAAAGAACAUAGGAAGGGCGAAAACCAGUUCUCUGAACUCAAUAGCAAAGGAAAAGAAACAGAAGAAAUCCAACGUCAUUAUACAACAGAAACUUCUGAAACGAACUCAUCAUUGCAGGAGGAGAUCCCAUUGUUUAUUGCAACCAAAAAUGGAGAACAAGAAAUUGCGUUGGUUAAUGAUGCUACGACCUCGUCAUUAACCAGGAAGGAGCAGAUCCCAUUGUUUAUUGCAACUAUGAAUGGAAUAGAAGAGAUUGUAUCGGAGAUAACAAGUCAAUAUCCCCUCGCUUUUGAGCUUCUCAAUGAGGAGGGGCAGAGCAUUUUGGAUGUGGCCGUCAAGCAUCGCCAGAAAAACAUCUUCCGUCUUGUGAAGCAUCAGAAAAUACCAUUGGCUAGACUGGAUCGAGUUGUUGAUAAGAAGGGAAACACAUUGUUGCACCAUGUUGCAGAUAUGGAGCAUUACAGAGGAGGAACCAAGCCUGGGCCUGCACUUAAACUUCAGGAGGAGUUGCAAUGGUUUGAGCAAGUGCAAAAGGUAAUUCCUUCUCAUUAUGUCACGCUUCGGAACAAAGAAGGCAAUACUGCAAAGGAGCUCUUCGAAGAGAAUCACAUGGAGCAACUGGCAAAUGCACAAAAAUGGAUCAAGGAAACGACUCAGUCUUGUUCCGCAGUAGCGGCUUUUGUUGCUACUGUUGUCUUUGCAGCUGCCUAUACUGUGCCCGGAGGUUCUGAUAAGAAUGGCACGCCCAACUUCAUCAACUCUCCCUAUUUUCUGGUUUUCACUGUCUCGGAUGUUCUUUCCUUAGCAAGCUCCUUGACUUCGCUUGUGGUAUUUCUGUCUUUGUUGACCUCUCCAUUUGAGCUACAAGAAUUUCACAUCUCUCUUCCUCGAAAACUUCUUGUUGGCUUCACCUUCCUCUUCUUUGCUGUGAUAACGACCAUGCUAUCUUUUGGGGCCACAAUCUUGAUACUCAUUCAGUCAGAGAAAAAGUUGACAACAUUACUCCUUUCCAUUGCUGCAUUCCUUCCUGUCUUAGUAUUUGCAAUAAUGCAAUUCCGUCUGUACUUCUCAUUUAUGGGCUCUACAUACAACAAUCUCAGGAUAACCGGGAAAGCUCUGCUACGGUUUCUUGUCCCUUGCCUACCACGGCAGAAAAAGCUCCGUUGAGUUGCUUAUUAUGGGAGAUUUAACUGACAUAGAGGUUAUUCCAUUUUCUUGAUGGUUUGAACCUCUAUCAUAGAUCAUUAUAUAUUGUGUUUUAUUGCAUGUAUGGUUGUGAUUCAGUUUCGUGAUAUUUAUGUGGUUGUGCUGUUUUCAAUGACGGCCUUGAAGCCAGUAUGUAUUAUAUAUAGUUUGUCACAGGUUGGUAUUUGAAUGGUAUGAUUACGGGCCUUCAAGCUUGCUUCAAUCAGUUACAUGGUAAUAAAAUUGGAUGUAAAUUAUAAAUGUUUAA